UAUAAACACAUCAAUUUUGUAGACUUUCUUGUGUUUGCUUCUACACCCAAACACACUAAUCACUAUUUUCCAAGUCCCACGCAAAUUUCAGCGUUCCUUUUCUUCCUUGUUUGAGUUUCAGAGUUGGAAAUAUAUAGGAAACGGCAGAAAUUUGCGGGAAAGUUUAAUGAGAAGGCAUUUAUUUUGUCAUUCCAGUUUAAUUUUCUUCAUUUUUAGCUCGUGAAUCGCCACCUCCAUUCCGCACCCCUCUUCAUUUCUGAUGUUUUUCUGUUUCUUCUUCAAUCCAAACAGCCCCAUUAGCUGAAAUUCUGAUUGAUUGCCCGAUUCAGCCUUUUGGGCUUUCCAUCUACUGAGAUUCAAUUCCCCUAGCUGAACCGAUUUGCAUGAUCGCGACAAUUUAGUUUACUGUAAGUUGUUUGUGUUCUUGGGUGUGGAGCGGGCUUCAAUCCCCGAACGGCGAUGCAAAUCUGGAAAUCGUAAGCCUCGGAAUGAAUAUUUUGAAUGUGGGAAUUGAUUGGAUAGGGGAGCAGUUUGAAUGAGGCAGCAAUGUGGUGUUUAGCGGAGCAAUGGAAGUUAGAUCUGAGGGUGUACAAGUUAGGUCCGAUAAACUCCCAGUUCCUGUAGUUCCGAGGACCCGUUUGCAGGUUUGGUUUGUUCGCAUCUGCUCCAGCAUUUUGCUCUGGACAUUUUUUGUUCAGCUCGUUGCAUUUGGGAAGUUAUGGCAUCCACUUUUUAUAUCCAAUAUAACCAAUCGGAUUUCGCAAGUUACUGGGAUUCCGCUCUCGCUACACGUCGGAGAGUCCGUUCAAUCGGCGCCGCUUCUUCCAGCAAGGAACUAUUCAAGUAAUGGUUAUCUUCGAGUGUCCUGCAAUGGGGGCUUAAAUCAGAUGCGUGCUGCGAUCUGUGAUAUGGUGACCGUUGCUCGCCUUUUGAACUUGACGUUGGUUGUUCCAGAACUUGAUAAAACAUCUUUUUGGGCGGACCCGAGUAAUUUUGAUGACAUAUUUAAUGUGAAGCAUUUUAUUGAUUCGCUGAGAGACGAAGUCCGCAUUGUCAGAAGACUACCCAAAAAGUUCAAUAGGAAGUAUGGAUUUAUACCAUUUGCCAUGCCUCCAGUUAGCUGGUCAAACGAAAAAUAUUAUUUAGAACAGAUUCUUCCUCUCUUUAAGAAGCAUACAGUGUUACAUUUUAAUAAAACAGAUGCACGCUUGGCAAACAAUGGAAUCCCAGUUUACUUACAGAAACUCAGAUGUCGAGUCAAUUUUCAGGCACUGAAAUUCUCCCCUCAGAUUGAAACAUUGGGUUAUAAGUUAAUUCGUCUACUUCAAGAAAAGGGACCCAUUGUGGUCUUGCAUCUGAGAUACGAGAUGGAUAUGCUGGCCUUUUCAGGUUGUACACAUGGCUGUACGACGAAAGAAGCCGAUGAGCUCAAACAAAUGAGAUAUGCAUUCCCUUGGUGGAGAGAGAAAGAGAUAUUGUCUGAAGAGAGGAGAUCACAGGGUCUGUGUCCUCUGACUCCAGAGGAAGCGGCACUGACAUUACAGGCCUUGGGUUUUAACAAGGAGACACAGUUAUAUAUUGCUGCCGGGGAGAUUUAUGGUAGUGAACGGAGGCUUGCAACUCUCAGGGAAGCCUUCCCAAUGACUGUGAAAAAGGAAGCAUUGCUAUCCCCAGAAGAACUGAAGUUAUUUCGGAAUCAUUCAUCGCAAAUGGCAGCUUUAGAUUUCAUGGUUUCUGUAGCCAGUAACACUUUCAUUCCUACCUAUGACGGUAACAUGGCAAGACUUGUGGAAGGUCACCGGAGAUACCUGGGGUUUAAGAGAACAAUAACCCUGGAUAGGAAAAAGCUAGUAGAACUGGUGGAUAUGCAUCAGAAUGGUACUCUUUCUUGGGAUGACUUUGCAGCUGCUGUAAGAUUGGCACAUGAGAAAAGGCAAGGUCAGCCACUGCAACGGAGAGCCAUUCCAGACAAGCCAAAGGAAGAAGAUUACUUUUAUGCCAAUCCACAUGAAUGCUUCUGUGAGGGAAUGAACUGCCAUCAUAGUAACUCAAGUGAAGUACUUUAACUGCCACUGACAAAACCCAGAACCCCAACUUUGUUCAUGGCGUUCCAGGGGGGAGAUCUUCUCGCUUUCGUUGCACGGUGCCCAGUCAUGUCAAUACUCAAAGCCUGAGAGGUCUGUUUAUACAAAGCAAUAGAAAUAAGAUCCUUUAGAAUUCUCCCUUGAACAUCCAUGCAUUUGUUUAUAUAGUUUUAUAUAACUCUUUUUCAAUCCUGCCAUAAAAUUUUAUCAUUUGUAUCA